GGGCGAGGGAGAGAGAGAGAGAGAGCGAGAGGGGAGGGAGCAGAAAGAGAGACAGGGUUUCGGAUUACAUCGCAUACCACCAACAUCAAGAAAUACAUGAAAACGGCCCGUUCUGUACUGUUGGGAUGCCCUGUUCCAGCCGGACCGCCAGCCGGGACGUGUGACAGCCACCCGGGACGUGUGACGACUUCCCCGGGCCGAGCAGCGCGGCUCCCGGGCGCCGCCGCCGCCUCUCCGCGGUGUAGGAGAGCUGGAGCGACCAUGUUAGGGAGGUGCUGCUCUACCAGGAGGUGCUGAUCUACCAAGAAAGGGACCGUCUCACGGCAGGAUUCUCCUCCACAAAGGAACGCACAAGAUGAACUCCGACCUGGAGUGACCUUUUUUAAUGGGGCUUUUUUUUCUCCUGGAGGUGACCAAGUCAGCGAUGAGCGGGGGUGAAUAAUGGCCAAAAACAAGGAUGCUCGCCCCCCCACGUUCGCCGUCAGCGUGGUGGGCUUGUCAGGCACAGAGAAGGACAAGGGGAACUGUGGCGUGGGCAAGUCGUGCCUCUGCAACCGCUACGUGCGGUCGGACGCCGACAGCUACUACCCGGAGCACACGUCGGUCCUCAGCACUAUAGACUUCGGGGGUCGCGUGGUCAACAAUGACCACUUCCUGUACUGGGGGGAAGUGGUGCACCACGGCGACGACGGGCAGGACUGUAAGAUCCAGCUCAUCGAGCAGACGGAGUUCAUCGACGACCAGACGUUCCUCCCGCACCGCAGCACCAACCUGCAGCCCUACAGCAAGAGGGCGGCGUCGGCCAAGUUGCAGUCGGCCGAGAAGCUCAUGUACAUCUGCACGGACCAGCUGGGCCUGGAGCAGGACUUUGACCAGAGGCAGAUGCCCGACGGGAAGCUGGCCGUCGACGGCUUCAUGCUCUGCGUCGACGUCAGCAAGGGCUGCAACAGGAAGUUCGACGACCAGAUGAAGUUCGUGGGGAGCCUCUACGCGCAGAUCGGCAAGACGAAAAAGCCCAUCGUGCUCGCCGCCACCAAGUGCGACGAGUGCGUGGAGCAGCACCUGAGGGACCUGCAGUCCUUCGCCGCCAGCAAGAAGAACCUGGUGGUGGUGGAGACGUCGGCGCGCACCAGCAUCAACGUGGACCUCUGCUUCCACGCCCUCAUCCAGCAGAUGGACAAGACGCGGGGGAAGCCCAAGACGGUGUCCUACCUGGACGCCUACAAGGUGCAGAGGCAGCACGUCGCCAUGGUGACGGACCGCUUCGAGAAGGUGGUGUUGCAGACGGUCCGGGACUACCACAUCACGUGGAAGCAGGUGAUGAACCAGCUAAAGGGACAGCCGGACUACGAGGACUACAUCAUCAUGGAGGGGACCCGCAAGGCCCGCAACACCUUCACCCGGCACAGCGCGCAGCUCAAACAGGAGCACAUCAGGAGGCGCAGGGAGGAGUACCUCACCGCGCUGCCCAAGACCCUCAACAACCUCCUCAACAACCUGGAGGAGGUCGAGCAUCUCACCUGGUCCGAGGCCCAGAGCCUGAUCCGGAGCCGGCCGGACUUCCAGUGCUGGUUCGUGGUGCUGGAGCGACCGCCGUGGGAUGAGUCGGACCACAUCGACAACAGCGACCGCCGCGUGCCCUUCGACCUCCUGAAGACGCAGGACGGCGAGCGCAUCUACCAGAACCACGUGCAGCACCUGUUCUCCGAGAAGAGGCGGGUGGAGAUGAAGGACCGCUUCAAGAAGACCCUGGAGCGGGUGCACUUCAUCGGGGCCGGGCAGCCCUGGGAGGAGGUCAUGUGCUUCGUCAUGGAGGACGAGGCCUACAAGUACAUCACCGAGUCGGACCGGCGCGACGUCUACAGCCGGCACCAGCUGGAGAUCGUGGAGCGCGCCAAAGAGGACUUCCAGGAGAUGCUGUUCGAGCACGCGGAGCUGUUCUACGACCUGGACCUGAACGCCACUCCGAGCUGCGACAAGAUGAGUGAGAUCCACUGCGUGCUGAACGAGGAGCCCCGGUACCGGGCGCUGCAGAAGCUGGUCCCCGACCGCGAGUCGCUGCUCCUCAAGCACAUCGGCUUCGUCUACCACCCCACCAAGCAGACGUGUCUGAGCGGCCAGAGCUGCGUGGACCUGAAGGUGGAGCAGGUCCUCGCCAACCGCCUGGUGCAGCUGGACCACGGCCGCUCCAACCACUACUACAACGCCCCCAACAUCGACAAGAUCAACCUCUGCCUACUGGGCAAGGAGGGGCUGGCCCAGGAGCUGGCCAACGAGAUCCGAGCGCAGUCCACGGACCACGAGUACGCGCUGGACGGGCAGAUCUACGAGCUGGAGCUGCUCCCGGUCGACGUCAACUCCACGCUGCUCUUCAGCCACAACUGGGUCUCCACCUUCAAGCCCCACGGCUGCUUCUGCGUCUUCAGCUCCAUCGAGAGCCUGAACGGCGUGGGCGACUGCAUCGGCCGGAUCCGGGCGGAGAUAUCGCAGAGCCGCAGGGAGCGCUUCGCACAGCCGCUGCCCUUCAUCCUGGUGCUGGCCAAUCAGAGGGACGCCGUGUGUAAGAACACGCCCAUCCUGCGUCACCAGGGCCAACAGCUGGCCAAUAAGCUGCAGUGUACGUUCGUGGACAUCCCCUCGGGGGCGUUCCCCCGGAAGUUCAACGAGCAGCAGGUGAAGCAGGCCCUCCGGGCCGUGCUGGAGGGGCUGAAGCACAACUCCGACGUCCUGAGCCCCCUGCCCUCCAUCAAGGACAUGUCGGAGACGGACCUGCGGAUCGUCAUGUGCGCCAUGUGCUGGGACCCCUUCAGCGUGGACCUCAUCCUCUCCCCGUUCCUGGACUCCCAGUGCUGCAGCGCGGGCCAGCCCGGCCAGGGCAACACCCUCGUCCUGGACAAGAUCAUCGGGGACACCCGGCGGAGGAUCCAGGUGACGGUGCUGUCCUACCACAGCUCUAUCGGCGUGCGCAAGGACGAGCUGGUGCACGGCUACAUCCUGGUGUACUCGGCCAAGCGCAAGGCCUCCAUGGCCACGCUGCGCGCCUUCCUGGCCGAGGUGCAGGACGUCAUCCCCGUGCAGAUGGUGGCCAUCACCGACAGCCAGGCGGACUUCUUCGAGAACGACGCCAUCAAGGAGCUGAUGACGGAAGGGGAGCACAUCGCCACGGAGAUCGCGGCCAAGUUCACGGCGCUGUACUCGCUGUCGCAGUACCACCGGCAGACGGAGGUGUUCACGCCGUUCUUCAACCACGUGCUGGAGAGGAAGCCGGGCAUCGAGAACGCCUUCAUGCAGGACAGCUCGUCCCGCGACUACUCCACCACCACGGCGGCCGGCGAGGACGUGUUCCCGUCCUCGCCGCACAGCCACUCCCCCGUCUACAACCCCUACUACGACUCGGAGGAGGACACGGAGGCCCCGCCCCCCUACAGCCCCAUCGGGGACGACGUGCAGCUCCUGCCCACGCCCAGCGAGCGUGCCCGCUACCGCAUCGACCUGGAGGGCAACGAGUACCCCGUCCACAGCACGCCCAACAACGACCACGACCGCAACCACAAGGUGCCGCCGCCCGUGCUGCCCAAGCCGGUGCUCCCCAAGCCCGCCGUGCGGAAGCUGGACCCCAACCUGGUGCGCACCAUCGAGGCGGGCAUGCGCAGCACCCGGCGCUCUCCCCGCGGCACGCUGGCCCGCGGCGACGACGCCGACGGCUCCGAGAACUACGCCGACCCCGCCGACACCCUGCUGAGGGCCAAGGGCUACGGCAACGACGACAUCUACGCCGUGCCCGAGGACGCGCACGGCCUCAUGGUCAGGGCGCGCGGCUCCCUGGGGGGGCUGCACGGCGGGGAGCAGGAGAACGGCCUGGACCGGAGGUCGGGCGCCCGCCGGCCGUCCAAGUACAAGCACCGCUCCAAGAUCCUGUUCAGCAAGACCAAGGCGUACCAGCGGCGCUUCCACUCGGACAGCGACGGCGAGGAGUCGGGGCGCGCCACGCAGAAGAAGAAGAAGGGGCGCGCCCACCGGGGCAGCGAGGAGGACCCCCUGCUGUCCCCCACCGACGGCUGGAAGGGGGGCAUCGACAACCCCGCCAUUACCUCGGACCCCGAGCAGGACGACAAGAAGGUCAAGAAGAAGAAGAAGGCCCCCAAGGAGCCAAAGAAGUCCAAAUCGUCCAAGCCGGUGAAGCCCCUGUACCCCCCGACGAGGAGGACCUGGGACAGCAACUACUUCGGGGUCCCCCUCAACACGCUGGUGACCCCCGAGAGACCCAUCCCCCUCUUCAUAGAGAAGUGUGUGGACUACAUCGAGCGCAUCGGGCUGACCACGGAGGGGCUUUACCGGGUCAGUGGAAACAAGACGGACCAGGACAACAUCCAGAAACAGUUUGAUCAAGACACCGGUCUGGACCUGGUUCUGAUGGACGUGGCGGUGAACGCGGUGGCCGGGGCGCUGAAGGCCUUCUUCGCUGACCUCCCGGACCCCCUCAUCCCCUACACCCUCCACCCGGAGCUGGUGGAGGCAGCCAAAAUCUUAGAUUACAUGGAGCGACUGCAGGUGUUACGAGAGAUUGUCAACAAGUUCCCUCCUGUCAACUACCUGGUCUUCAAAUAUAUCAUCGCUCACCUGAACAGGGUGAGCCAACAGAGCAAGACCACCCUGAUGACGGCGGAGAACCUGUCCAUCUGCUUCUGGCCCACCCUGAUGCGGCCCGACUUCGAGAACCCCGAGACGCUGUCCACCACCAAGCUGAGCCAGGCCGUGGUGGAGGACUUCAUCCGCCAGAGCCUCUACUUCUUCUACGGCGGCGAGGUGGCCGACAGCUCCAGCAGCGAGGGCACGCCCCCGCCGCACCACUGCCACAACAUGGUGGAGGUCCUGCUGCCCCUGCAGCUGCCCCCCCCGCUGCAGCCCCAGCAGAUCCAGCACUCCCUGCCCCAGGACCCCCUCCUCCUCUAGAGGGCGCCCCCACACUCAGACUACAGGAGGGGUCAGAACGGGGGGGUGUGUGUGUGAGUGUGUGUGUGUGUGUGUGUGUGUCUCUGACUGAAUGGCGGUGUCGUUUUUUUUCUUUAUUUGCUCAAAGACACUCUGGCUGUCGACGGCUCUGAUAACCACUAGCGUGUGGGGCGAUCCUGGACCAGCCUAACCCGACCCGGGACAGCCGCGGCCUGGCCCCACACACCUGCCUUCCCCUGGCCCCGGAACACAGAACCACUAGGGGCCACUGAGAGACAGCAGGUCCCCCCAGGGACCACUAGGAGACACUAUUGACCACUCAAAGUCACUAGGAGCCCUAGGGGCCACAAGUGGUCACUAGGGGUAACUAGAGUUCCCUAGGAGCCAGUACGGACCACUAGGUGCGACUAGAGGGCACUGGGAGCCACUAGGCGCCAGAAGGACUUUGUUGAUGGUAUAGCACACUAGGGGCCUCCAGCGCCCGCGGUCGGGUCCCUGCUUACCUGGGCUCCUCUAAUACUACAGGCCCAGGCUGGGUUCGGGGCCUUCGAGAUGGAGGUGAGGGGAUCUAAUUCCCUCACCAAGUGGUGAGAGAGAGAAACCCUGGUGUUAAAGUACUGGUGAACGUUGACCCUAAAGACGGCACAAGCAUGCGUCAAGUUUAUGUUUUGUAUCUUUUUUCAUCAGCAGACGCUUCUGUCGUUUUUCUUUUUUUUAAGUGUGUGUGUGUGUGUGUGUGUGUGUGUGUGUGUGUGUGUGUGUGUGUGUGUGUGUGUGUGUGUGUGUGUGUGUGUGUGUGUGUGUGUGUGUGUGUGUGUGUGUGUGUGUGUGUGUGUGUGGAGCAACAUGGAGGGCCCCUGUCCGUCUGGACUGCAGUGCAAUGCGUUCUGGACGGGUCGCGGCGGGGGUCACUCGGUAGCAUGUCUUGUUUUAACCUUCACUGGUCCCGAAGCCGCUCCAUCCCUGGAUGUCGCAUAUUUUUGGUUAUAAGUCAGAAAUAGUUUCCCUAAAGUAGAGGAGAGAAAUCUAUAAAAGUAUAUAAAUAAAUCUAUAUAAUAAAUCUAAAGAAGCUGACGGUCGGCGUUGCCGCGGUACUCAGCUCACACUACAACCUCUUGUCUCGGAGCGACGUGGCGUUCUCCCCACACCACGGACUGCUGCUUCUGUCUUCUUCCCUACAGUGUUUUCUAGAAGAUUCUGAUCAACGUGUUCAAACCUGCUGUUGCUCGUCCCACUCUCUCCCCCCCCUCCCCCCCUGCCUUCCUCCUCUCCCCCCUCCCUGGCCCUCCCCCUCCCCCAGAACAGAACAGGACAAACUGGAUUUCUCGUACGUAGGACUGAGGACUGUCCGCGGUGAGCUGCUGUGUUCCAACAGGUCCCCUUUGUGCGCUGACCAGAGGUCCGUGUUCUCACCCGAGGAACACGAGUCCUCCCUGAAGGCCUCUGUUGGCGUUGACAUGGAGAGUGGAGGUGUAGCCCCACGGGAGUGGAGCCUACAGUCAACAUGCUUCUCGGGGGGGGGGGCGGGGACCUGAACCUACCCACCCCACAGAAGUAUUUGAGCGGAGCGUGUAAAGAUAAGCACAUUGUUCUGACCUAGAAUCCUCCAGAAACUUUGAAUAUGGUCUUCCUGUUGGGGCCCUAACUCCUAUCUUAGUUCAGGGACUUAAAGGGAAUUCAGGCUGAGUCCAGAGGGGCCCACGCCGACCCCUUAGAGGUGGGACGCUCAUCGCUCUGCACAUGGCACUCCGCUCUAUAGCACACCGCCGCUAGACACGCCGUAGAUCCUCGUAGACCACGUAACCUUCAUGUGAUGAGUUCGGUGGGCACUGCCUUCUAGGGGGGACCAGAAGUGUCCUCUGGUUGGGGGGGGGGGGGUCCCAGGGACCCAGGGACCACUGAAUGCGUCUCUGGGGGGCCGAGGGGAAGGCGUUGAGGCACUCCUACAACAGACGAGGGGAGGUUCUACCCACAGUCUAUUGUUGAUGAUUUAAGGUUUUUAAUGUAGAUUCCCAUCAACCAUAAGACUGUCGUCAUCAUUUUGUUCAUAAGAUCUGCUUGCUUCCUCAAACUGGUGUACAAACCGAGUCCCACUUUAACCUCAUCUGCUGUGUAUUAUAGUAAAUAAACAUUUUGUCAAAUGAGAAACUCUAAAGCAACCUUUCUUUCUCCAUAAUGUUUCCAAAUAAAGUUUUGUUUUUCCAACUAUGGAGUGGGGUGUUUUGUUUGAUUGAAUGCAGCAUUAAAACACUCAUCUAGGUAGGCUAUAGGCCUACAAAUAUUAAAA